CUGUAGAUGAGCAGGCGUCUUGUUUUGAUUUGUUUUGAUUCGAUUCCGAUGUUGCUCAGGAGAUGUUUCCUGUUUCCGUUUCCCGCCGUGCGACUGGUGCGUCGAACCCUACACCGUCAGCAUGACCACAUUGUGCUCCACCCGGAUAUCCGGCAGGCUCUUCAGCUUCAGAAGCCGGUGGUGGCCCUGGAAUCCACAAUAAUUACGCACGGGAUGCCGAUGCCGGAAAACGUGCUCACGGCGCUCGCGGUUGAAGAGCAGGUGCGCUUGCACGGGGCUGUUCCAGCCACCAUUGGGAUCCUGGACGGGCGCAUAAAGGUGGGUCUGACACGUGAGGAACUCACUACGCUGGCGAAGAAGCCCAGGGAGCAGGUGAUCAAAUGCUCCCGGAGAGAUCUGCCGUUCGUGGUAUCCAGAAAACAGAGCGGCGGAACCACUGUGGCUGCCACCAUGCUUAUCGCCCACCAAGUCGGCAUCCGGGUGUUCGCCACCGGGGGAAUUGGGGUCCACCGCGAUGGCCACGAGUCGCUUGACGUAUCCGCCGAUCUCACCGAGCUGGGGCGCACUCCGGUGGCCGUCGUUUGUAGCGGCGUUAAGUCCAUCCUAGACAUUCCCCGUACGCUGGAGUACUUGGAGACCCAGGGCGUGUGCGUGGCCACCUUUGACAGCCCCGGUGGCGUCUUUCCUGACUUCUAUACGUGUGAUAGCGGGUGCAAGGUUUCCUAUAACUUGAAGAAUGCACAAGAGGCGGCGGAACUUCUGCGAUCCUGGCAUGAGCUUAAAAUGGAGUCUGGGCUUGUUAUUGGGGUUCCCAUUCCGAAAGAGUUUGCUGCGGAUAAAUCGAAAAUUGAAAAGGCAAUCAUCGCGGCAACUGCCCAAGCCAAGGAGGAAGGAAUUUCCGGCAAGGAUGUGACUCCGUUCCUGCUCGCUUCAAUAGCCAAUAUCACCGAAGGAAGGAGCCUUCAGUCCAACAUAGCUCUAAUCAAAAACAAUGCCAAAGUGGCGGCGCAAAUUGCCGCUUCGCUCUGCGAGGUCUCUACGAGUGUUGAGAGCCCAGGACAAAAAACUUUGGAUAGGAAACCCCUGGUGGUUGGAGCAUCCAUCCUGGACCUCUCCUUUAAAGUAGACGACGAGAGUCGGGACAUGAAGCUCGAUGGAGCCACAUACUCUGCAGUGGCCAAGCAAGCAGCUGGUGGAGUCGGUCGCAAUAUCGCCGAAGGCAUUUACAAGUUGUUUGGGGAUGUGAACCUGAUAUCCGCGGUGGGCAAUGACCAGAUGGGGCAGGCGCUGCUCCAGAUGAUGCCGAAGGCUCUGCACCGAGGUCUGUUCCUGGCGGACAGCCAUAACACCUCACUUUGCUCUGUAAUCUUCGAUAAGUUUGGUGACUGUAAACUGAUCCUGGGCAACAUGGAAAUCCACCAGAGCAUCACACCCGAAACCCUUCAGGCCCACCAUCAGCUCUUCCGGGAAGCCCCGCUCAUCGUUAUGGACAGCAACAUUUCGGAGCAGGCGAUGGCAAGCAUUCUGCAGCAAGCGCAGAUAAAUAAGAUUCCUGUCUUCUUCGAACCUACGGACAUGUUCAUAGCCGGGAAGCCAUUUAAGUUGCUCCCGGAGCUGACAAAGAAUAUUAGGCUGAUAAAACCGAAUCUCCAAGAGCUGAAGACCAUUACGGAGGCUAUCACCGGGGAACCUGUCAAAUGGAGUCCGGACACCAAGCUGCCCCAAGCGGAACUUCUGCAACAGGCGAAGUCCAUGAUCAGAAAUAUCGACUGCCACUUCAACUGCAUCAUAGCCACGCUUGGUGAUCACGGGGUACUCCUAAGCUACCGAGGGGAUGCGGAAAACGACGCCAGGCUGCUCCUGGACGUGAACAAGACAACGACGCCUCACAGAACGCGGUUCUAUGCCGCGCCCAUAGUUCACAACAUAGUUAAUGUUUCGGGGGCGGGCGAUAGCUUAUGUGCGGGGUUCAUCACUGCCCUGCUGCGGGGACGCAACCUGGAUGAGUGUGUGGCGGCCGGUUUUGUGGCCGCGGAGAAGGCUCUGCAAUCCGAGUCCGCUGUGCCCGCCUCCUACUUUUCGGGUUCUGAAUCCUUCGAAGUUCGUUACAAGCAGGCAGUGAAGAUCCUCCAACAGCAAAGCAUUUAGUUGAUAAUUGUGUGACCAAGCAAAUAACGAAGGCAUUUACUCUGGACCUUUUCUUUAUUCCUAAAUGUUUUCCUAAUAUGUAAAUACAAAGAAAGUGUUUAGUAGGCCCAUCUGGAAGAUAAAAUAAAUCAAUUAAAAUUGUUUAA